CCAGCCUCAAGUGAAUUGUACCUUCAAAUAAUCUCAGUACCAAGGACAGAAUUUUACAUUGAUUCAGUAGUAUUUACAAUGCCAACAGUGGCCAACCUUGAAAACAUUUUUGACAGUUUGUAUAGUAGACCACAGACAACGGUCGAGAUCUUGAGAACAGCUCAUGGACAGCUUCAUCCCAUAGCACCAUCUGCUGUUCAAGAGCUGUACAGAACCUCCUCCCUCAUUCAGCCGCCCAGUCUGGAUCCCUCUUACCCACAGUAUACACAGUCAAUAGCCAAGGAUGUGGAAGGAAGAGACUGUACUUCACCUCUCUACUGCUUGAGCCUAGAGGAAACAUGGGGUGUCUCCAUUCACGCUUACCCCACUGAUUUUCUGGAAUUCAUGCCACAGAGUGCGGAAACACAACAUACUCCCCUACAAAGUUCAACUCAGAUACAAGACCGUGUUGAUCCAGUUUACAACCUAUCAGACACAUCAGGGCCAUUUUCCUCAGAGUCACCCAGAUUCUGUUGCCAAACCACUGCUGUGACACACAAACAAUCUGAAUACGUCUCAUGGAGGUUUUCCUCCAUGAACGAGGAGCUGGUGACCGCUAUGUUGUUGUCCCUCCCUCACUCUGCACCAGUCCCGCCAAGCAUCUCCGUAAUCACUCAGGCCUUGAGUGUUCCAGCAUUGGUCUUAAGAGCCUCCAUCAGGUCAGCGGUGUCGUCGUUGGGGCCCAGUUGUAAAGGCGUCACAGGCACAGGCAGACUCGGCAGCGUGUGGCAAGUCACAGGACACUGCCCUUUGACCUCCCCACUCUUCUUUAUGACUGGCUUGGGUGAAAAUGAUGGAACUUCAAGCUUCUCAUCAGCUCCAGUUAAUACACACGUUUCUUCUGGCUUCGUUCCAACUGGAGUACUUGGAUCAUCUCCCCAGCCCAGUUCUCCUUCAGCUGCCAUCGCAGGUCCCUCAAAUCUCCCUCCAAAAGUGUUGCAGUCUAUCCCACCUCUGGUGGCCACAGUCGGCUUCCCUUUCCACUACACAAUACCAUCAAGGACCUUUGUGGACCCAGAGGAUGGGACAGCAGAGUCUCUCGUCCUUGAUCUGAGUUUCGUGGAAGGCCCUCCUGUGUAUUUUGGGUCCUGGGUAGCCUUGGAUGGACUUGCGCUGCAUGGUGUCCCUCUGGAGGUUGACCUGAAGUUUGCCCCUCAGCAGCUACUGCUGGUUGCCCAGGACAGUGAGGGCCUGACUGCCUCACUUCCCCUUACCCUGGAUCUUCGACGCAACCAAGCGGAUCCCUGUCACAGCUUCAGCCUCACAGUUCGUAGGAGCCUUCACUCCUUCCUCCUCCAGCGCCACAGGGUAGAGCUCCUCCUGAGUAAACUGUUACACUUCUUCAAUGACUCUGGAAGCCACCACCUGGCCGUGCUGUCCCUGGCACCAGGUUCCACGGUUGUGUCUUGGUACAACUUCACCUUAUGCCAGGUGGCGGCUGAUGGUGGCAAGGGACAGGGCCCUGGUGGACAGGUCGAUGCCAUGUGGGAGGAAAUGAGUUCAGAGAACGGACAGAUUAGCCCAGAGUUCAGCCAGGCAAUGCUCCCAGAGUUCCCCAUCAGCAGCGUAGGUGUGGUGAGAUACAGACACGACUGUUUCCAUGUUCUGACCACUAUAGCACCUGUGGCUUCCACCAGCCUCUUCAUCGAUACCCGGAAUCCCACCUCUGACUACACCAUCCCAGCAAUGGAUACCACCACGGCAUCAGGGCAACAGACAGACCGCUACCACUGGAUGGCCAGGGUGGUGACAGCUCUGCUAAACCCGUGUGAAGGCAAGGACUCUCGCGAUUUGGCCCUCAGAGGGGUCUGUCCCAGGUCACGCCAUGGAUCUGAGGGCUGUAAGACCAAGGAUGCCCCCCCUGUUCCAACCAGAGGUUCCCCCUGUUUCCCCAAGGUUGUGGCUGAGCAUCACACCAGCAAGUGGAGAGCAUCUCACUCCAACAUAUCUCCAGGGUAG